ACCACACCAUCCAAUCGAAGCAGACUUGCACGGCGAAACGGGAAUUCGGUUCCACCAAAGGCACAGGCACAAGCACAAGCGCAGGCAAGAGCGCAAGCACAGACACAUACACAGACACACAGACAUACACACACAGACACAAAUGCGUGCGACGAUCGCAACCCCCGAGCGGAGAACGACGAAGCGGCCGCUGGCUGCUUCUGCGGCGUUCUUCGCCGCUGCCCUGGUGGUGCUUUCCUGGAACCCGCUUCCCGCUGUGGCGGCRGUUUCGUCCCGGGGGCUUCUCCUGCCCACCCCAAACACCCUGCCGAGGGGCGGGAGCCUGGAAGAAGCCGGUGGGGAGACCGAAACCGAAACGGAAUCCAAGCGCGACGAAACCGAAGCCGAAAGCAAAGCCGUUCCGGACCCCGCCAGAGACGGGGAGGAGGAGGAGUCGUCGUCGUCUCGGUCCCCGGCCGAGAUUGCCACCGCCCUGCGGCUCGAGGGAAAGGAGUGCCACGACGGGGGCGACUUUGUCGGGGCCGCGGAAAUCUUUCGAAAGGCGGCGGACACCCUGGGCGACGGAAGCAGCGCGACGGAAGACUACGCCACCUGCCGGCUGCACCAGGCGCUCUGCCACCUCAAGUCCGGGGACUACCCGGGCUGCAUCGAUGCCUGCACCGACGUCCUCGGGGACAAGGCGUCCCAUGGAAGCAAGCCCUGCCACUCCCCGGCCAUCACGGCACGGGCCUACCACCGGCGGGCCAAGGCGAGGAUGGCCCUGGGCGACAACGCCGGGGCCCUGCAGGACGCCCGGACGGCCUCCUUUCUGGGGGACGGAAAGGCGGUCAACCUCUACGGAAAGCUCAUGAGGGAGGUCCCCUCGUCCGACUUUUCCUCGCUGGUCAACGGACACAGCAACCCGCUGCUCCCGGAGGCGUCCGCGUCCUCCUCCCUCCAACCAUCGCCCCACUCGGCCCUGCUGGAAUCCCUCCUGUCCAAGACCGGCGAAGCCGCCCCCGGUCCCGGCUUUCCCGGCCUGAACCCCGCCAGCCUGCUGAUGGGGGGAAGCGGAGGGGGCCCGGGAAGCCUCCUGGGGGCCCUCGGACAGGGAGGCGGGGCCGGCGGCGGGAUGGUCGGCUCCCUCGCCUCGGGCCUCGUCCGCAAGCUCGACGACGAGGCCACGCAGGAAACCAUCUGCGGCUUCCUCAGGGGCACCAGCAAGGAGCAGCUCGCGGGCCUGGCCUCGAUGGCCGGCCUAGGGGACGCCCUCGGGGACCAGCAGCUGGACCGCCUGGCACGCUUUUGCAAGGGGGUCACGCCGAAGGGGAUACGACGCACCGUCCGGGGCACCAAGGCCCUGGUGUACCUGGCCAGGCUGGCCCGGAGGGCGGCGAGGGUGGUCCAGCGGUACAAGGGCCUCAUCGUGGCUCUGGGCGUCCUGCAGUGGGCCAAGAGCGCGGUCCUGCGGCCCCUCCCGGUCAACGCGAGGGCGGCGAAAAAGGCCGCGAGGCUGGCGGCCAAGGCCGCCUCGAAGGAGGCCCUCGGAGAGGCCCUGAAGGCCACCCGGGCCGGCUGGUUCUAGCCGGAGCGGGGGGGAAACGCAACGCAACGCAACGCAACCCACACAAAAAACCCACCAUCCAUCCAUCCAUCCACCUACAAACCCGGUGGCCGAAUCCGCGCCUGCGGUUUUGCCGUGGCGAGGAACCAACUAGCUAGAGUUAUAG